CAUGGACGAAGAAAUGGUCAGAAAGGGCAGACGAUGCCACAAGCAGUUGAAACUUGCUUUUUCCUUGUUUGACAAGGAUAGGGAUGGUUUCAUCAGCAAGCAAGAAGUUAGCACUGUUAUGCACGCUAUGAGGCAACCGAUAACUGAUCAAAAGCUAAGCGAGGUCUUUCAACAAGUAGAUUUAGAUGGCAAUGGCCUAAUAGACUUUGAAGAAUUUGUUCGUAUGAUGGAACAGCGAUUAGAACGGAGGCCGGAGGAAGCGGAACUUCGGCAGCUGUUUGCCGCAUUCGAUCAUGACCAGAACGGAUAUAUCGACCCGAAAGAACUCAAGCGAACUAUGCAAGAACUGGGUACUCCUGUUUCCGAUGCUGAUGUAAAGCAGAUGAUGAAAGAAGCUGGGGUCCUAAUAUCCGGCAGAAUUUAUUACGAAGAUUUUGUUAAGAUGAUGAGUGGCAAAAUCGGAAGAGAACACAGGAAAAUGCAAAGGAAGGCGUUAGAAAAUAUAGAUCCUACUUCAAGAGACAGUAUUGAUGAGCCUCAAGAUGAAGAUCCGGAAGUAAGAGAGUUGCGGAUAGCUUUUAUGAUGUUUGACAAAGAUGCAGAUGGAGUAAUUAAUACGCAAGAGUUGUUACAAGUUUUCAAGCAGUUAGGCAUGGAUACAUCUACAGAACAAAUACAACGAAUGAUGAAAAAAGUAGAUUUAGAUGGAAAUGGUUCCAUUGAUUUCGAAGAAUUUAAGAGAAUGAUGAGGAAAAGAAAAGGAUUAGCAGCAAUAACUCGUCAGGAAAGAAGGGCGGAAGAAGAAGAAAUGCGAGCAGCCUUUAAAGUAUUCGAUAAAGACAAAAAUGGCUAUAUAGAUGAUAAGGAGCUAAGGGUAACAAUGCAAGAGCUAGGAAUGAAGUUAUCAGAGAAUGACCUUGUCGCCAUGAUGGCUUCGGCGGGCGUCAAAAAAGGGGGUCGAAUUUAUUACGAAGAAUUUGUUCGCAUAGUAUUUGGUCAGGUAAUUAAGCCUAUUCCUGAGUCAGGGAGUUUAAGUGAUAGUCAAAUGCAAGAGCUAAAGGUGGCGUUUGCGUUGUUCGACAAAAACGGGGAUGGCGCCAUCUCUGGUGUAGAAUUACGUUCUGUGAUGCGAACUCUGGGAUUAUCUCAGGAUGAGAAGCUAAUCGAUAGAAUGAUUAAAAAAUUUGACCUUGACAAAAAUGGAAUGCUUGAAUUCGAUGAGUUUAUCAAUAUGAUGUCUCAAAGAGACCGUCGGAAAUCGAGUUCAUCUGCUGAUACAAGGCCAACUGAACCAGAGGCUUGGAGGGCUUUCAAGGUUUUCGAUAAAGACAGAUCGGGUUAUAUAACUGCUGAAGAAAUUAGGCAAACUAUGAAGGAACUAGGCAUAGAAUUAACACUUAAUGAUGUUGAAUUAAUGAUAAAGGAAGCCGAUCAGGAUGGCGAUGGAAAAAUUAAUUAUAAAGUCAAAAGUAUUGCUGUAGGACAGGAAAGACUUGUCAGUAAUGCUUUCAUAGGCGUAACGUAG